CGAGAGCCGGCUGACAUUGUACACAGGGCAAGUAGGAACUGCAAACCAAUGAAACGGGCUGCAUCCAGUGAUCUGGAGCCACUGGAUCUCUCAUGGCCACCAUCACUGUCAGCUGCAGUUUGUGCUGGCAAUGUUGACGCUGUCCGUAAACUGCUCGCAGAAGGACGGAGGGUAGAUUCUGUCGAUGACCAUGGCUGGACACCAUUGCAUGAGGCAGCUGCAGCAGGACAUGUUGCAUGUGCUGUACUGCUGCUGAGUCACGAUGGAGACAUUAAGGAUUUAAGAACUGAUGGAGGAGAAACACCACUUUUCUUGUCUGUUAAUGCAGGUUCUAGACUGGAUGUAAUGAAAAUUCUUUUAAACCACUCAGCAAAUGUGAAUCUUGGCAACAAUAGUAUGUGGACACCAUUACAUAGAGCUUGUGAGCUUAAUUCAGUAGCCUGUGCACAACUGCUUUUAGAAUCCGGUGCAGAUGUCAAUGCUGCAGAUGUCUUUCAUAACCGACCUGUUCAUGAAGCCAUCCACAAAAGGUCUGUGGAAAUGGUGGAUUUGUUACUGAGAUAUGAGGCAGACCUGCGAGUAAGGGGUUCAAAUGGUCACACCCCUCUCAUGCGUGCUGCUUGCAUUGGCUUUCAUGAGGUCAUCAAGAAAUUGGAUAAGCCUGAAUUAUGUAUUGUAAAUGAGAGGUAA